CCAGGCUGGAGUGAAGCCAAGCUGGGCAUCUUUUGGGGAACACUGAGCGGUGCGUAGAGAGCGAAGCCUGGCUACAUAACGGGGGACUGACAAUGUGGCGACGGUCAUUUCUGCUGCUACUGUUGCUGCUGGGGCCUGGGGCCCAAGGGAAGCCGUCUCCCGACUCAGGCCCUCAUGGCCAGGGGAGAGUGCACCAGGCGGCCCCCCUAAGCGAGGCCCCUCAUGACGACGCCCACGGCAACUUUCAGUACGACCAUGAGGCUUUCUUGGGACGAGAAGUAGCCAAGGAAUUCGACCAGCUCAGCCCUGAGGAAAGCCAGGCUCGCCUGGGACGGAUCGUGGACCGCAUGGACCGUGCGGGGGACGGAGACGGCUGGGUGUCUCUGGCUGAGCUCCGCGCGUGGAUCGCGCACACGCAGCAGCGGCACAUACGGGACUCGGUGAGCGCGGCCUGGGACACAUAUGACACGGAUCGCGACGGACGUGUGGGCUGGGAGGAGCUCCGCAACGCCACCUAUGGUCACUAUGCGCCCGGUGAAGAAUUUCACGAUGUGGAAGAUGCAGAGACAUACAAGAAGAUGUUGGCCCGGGACGAACGGCGUUUCCAGGCAGCUGACCAGGAUAAGGAUUCGGUGGCCACUCGGGAGGAGCUGACAGCCUUCCUGCACCCCGAGGAGUUCCCUCACAUGCGGGACAUCGUCAUCACUGAAACAAUGGAGGACCUGGACAAGAACAAAGAUGGCUACGUCCAAGUGGAGGAGUACAUUGCGGACCUGUAUUCAGAGGAGCCCCGGAAGGAAGAGCCUGCCUGGGUACAGACGGAGCGGGAGCAGUUCCGUGAUUUCCGAGAUCUGAACAAGGACGGUCGCCUGGACAGCAGCGAGGUGGGCCACUGGGUGCUGCCGCCUGCCCAGGAUCAGCCACUCGUGGAGGCCAACCACCUGCUGCAUGAAAGCGACACAGACAAGGACGGCCGUCUGAGCAAGGCCGAGAUCCUGGGUAACUGGAACAUGUUCGUGGGCAGCCAGGCCACCAACUACGGUGAGGACCUCACGCGUCACCAUGACGAGCUCUGAGCGCCAGGUGCCCACUGCAGCCUCGAGGCCCCUCAGCCAUGACCAUGCUCCUCAGGCAUGACCACACCCCAUUCACUCUAACCACGCCCCUCUGUGGCCACGCCCCUCCGAGUUGUCUAGUCCCUUCCGCAGGUCCUGGAGGACAUGGACGCAGCCCAGGCGCUCCCCCGCCGAGUCAUCUCUCUGAGACACCCUUCACCCCCGCCACCAGGGGCUCCCAAAGACUCGAGGGCAGUCUCCACCCAUUUCUCACUGGCAGAAUCUCCCAGCCGAGACCCAGGAACCCUCACCCCAAAAGCUCAGCCUCCAAGAACCUCCACUCCCCCCAUGACCCACCAGCUCCAAAUCCACCUGGACUGAGAAACACCCCCCGACCUCCCUCGGCCCAGCACCGUCCCAGGACACCUGUCCUCUGCCAGGGAGGCAAUAAAAUCCAGUGCUGGGCUGCG